AUGGGUUUGUUGAAUCAUUUUCUUGGAAUUGAAAUCUAUCAAGUUGAAGAUGGAGUAUUUGUUUCUCAAAAGAAAUAUGCUGAAAAUAUUUUAAUGAAAUUUAGCGCGAGUGGUUAUAAGUCCAUGGCCACACCACUAGUUGUGAAUGAAAAACUUAUAAAGGAAGAUGGAGAGAAAAAAGUUGAUGGUUCGUUGUACAGAAACUUGGUUGGAAAUUUGUUGUAUCUUAUAACUAUAAAGCCAAAUAUAAUGUAUGCUGCAAGUUUGCUUUCGAGAUUUAUGAAUAAUCCUAGCCAAAAUCAUCUUGGUGCUGCAGAACAAGUAUUGAGAUAUAUUCAAGGCACAACCAGCUAUGGUAUCAAAUAUUGCAAAGAUUCAAAUUUGAAAUUGCUUGGUUUUUGUGAUAGUGAUUGGGGUGGUUGCACUGUUGAUACGAAAAGCACCUCCGGGUAUGCAUUUUCCUUGGGUUCUAGAGUAUCUUCUUGGGCAUCAAAGAAGCAACAAAGUGUGGUGCAAUCAUCCAUAGAAGCUGAAUAUGUUUUAGCGAGUUUGGCAACUUUCCAAGCAAUUUGGUUAAGAAUACUUGAAGAAGUUUGCGAAAAUCAGGAAGAUGAUACAUAA